AUGGGUUUCCUAAAACUCACGCCAUCAUCGAUCUGGGCAUCACGUACAACCCACCACGAAGAUCUGUUCCCAUCAUCAUUGGUCUCGGUAGGUGCAACAAGGGCUGCUCAAGCAGUUUUUGGCUACUUCUCCUUCGAUUCUGGUAGCAUAUGCGAAGGGGAGGAGAACAUUUGGCCCGAUGGAGCAAGGCAAACGGAAACAGCAGCUCCGACGAGGGUUUUCGCCGUGGUGCUCGAUAGAAGAAGAGGAAGGUCCGAGGGGACGAAGAAACAGGCAGUAACAACGAUCUAUCAACAGAAAUCGAUGGGUCACGACAAGGGCAGUUCACCGGAGACCGAUGGGUUUACAAAAAGUUUUCUUGCGUGUAACUUCAUAGGAAGGAAGAAGAAGGGUAAAAACAUGUUUGGUUUUUGUUUUGGUUGA